AUGGCGGCUGCUUCAGGAAUCCUCAAGUCAAUACCCGCCCCAGGCUCUUCGGGUUACCAGCCAGUGCAUCAAGAUGAGCGUGAUGGCCGAGACGAAGGCUACGGUGGGCCUCAUGUCCAGCCAAUUAUCCCUCGGGGCCCAAUCCGCGCAUACAGAAACACGGUUCUUCUUCUCUCGGGCCUAGUCGUUGUUCUCAUGGGCACAAACCUCUAUCUCAGCCUUCCUUUAGCAUUUUCCGGCUCUGGCUCCGGCUCCGAGUCAUGUCCGGGUGACCCACCCCGAGUGCCCCAGUAUUUCCAGACUUCACCGGAACUCUGGGCCGGCGUCACUGCCACUGGCAAGCCGGCCUUCAUGGCCCAGACUCAUGCCUUCGAGCCCACGGCCACCUUUGUUCCCAAUGACCCGCUGCAGACUUCUAUCCCUAUCGAAGGCAUGAAGGAGGGCAACCGAAGCAUCUUCCAGAUGAUGGGUUACCUGAGCCCCUACUCCCCCUCCACAGGAUUCGGCGUGGAUGAGUAUCCAAUUCCCAAGGGUGCCGAAAUCGUUCAGGUUCAGGUGCUGUCACGUCACGGUGCUCGAUAUCCAACCCCAGGCUCAAAUGUUGCAGCCCUUGGUGAGCGUCUUGCCAAUGCUUCGGCCACUUUCAAAGCCAGUGGUUCUCUUGAGUUUCUGAAUGACUGGAAGUAUGAGCUCGGCAAAGCCAUUCUGGUUCCAAGGGGUCGACAGGAGUUGUUCGAGUCUGGUGUCUUGCACAGUUAUAUGUAUGGUAGCUUGUACAAUCCUCAAAGCAAGCUUAUUGUCAGGACUACGACCCAGGAUCGCAUGUUGAAGUCUGCUGAAAACUGGAUGGCUGGCUUCUUCGGCCUGGAGUGGACCAACAAUGCAACGAUCGAAGUGAUCAUCGAAGCUCCUGGCUUUAACAACUCACUUGCCGGAGGUCUAAACUGCCCCAACUCGGCCAAGGCGGACUACGUGACUCCUGUAGCUACCUGGUACGAGAAGUAUCUUAAGGAUGCAACUGACCGAUUCAACGAUGUCACCGAGGGCUUCACAUGGACGCCAGCAGACGUUUGGGCAGCCCAAAACAUGUGUCCUUACGAGACUGUCGCCUAUGGUUUCAGUAUGUUCUGCGACCUAUUCAUCUACGAGGAGUGGGAGCACUUUGGCUACUCAAUCGACCUUGGAUUCUCAUCAGGCGCGGGCUUCCAAAGCCCUGUCGGCAGAGCUACUGGUCUUGGUUAUCAACAAGAGGUCAUGGCACGACUCAAGAACCACACUCUUGGCUACUCAGGCUCCCAGAUCAACACAACUCUGGACAGCAUGGAGGAGACUUUCCCCCUGAACCAGAGUCUUUACUUCGACUUUUCUCAUGACACCAAUAUCAUCUCUGUUCUGGCAGCCUUUGGCCUACGCCAGUUUGCUGAGGAUCUUCCCACCGAUAAAUACCCUGGCGACCAUCAAUUUGUUGUAUCCAAGCUGACUCCCUUCGGCGCCCGCCUGGACAUGGAAAUCAUCAAGGCCCCUAAGCCCGUUUCGCCAGAGAGAGAUGGCUAUCUCGACGGCGAGGAAACCAAGUACAUUCAUUUUGUCCUCAACCAGCGAACAGUGCCCUUGGGCAGGAGUUUCCCAGAAUGCGACGUCAACCGUAAGGACGGUUGGUGUGAGUUGGAUACUUUCAUCAAGGUACAGGAUACCAUGACCGAUAAGGCGCAGUUCGAAUACUCUUGCUUUGGAGAUUACUCGAAAUUGCCAUACGGCAAGGUUACGGACGGAGUCCCCCCUUCUUGA